GGGUCCAAAGUGCUCACCCCCGGCACAGCCGGACCUUUGGGGGCCUUCUUUCAGCAGGGGACAGCCUGAUUGGGGGUAGGUGUCGGGCAUCUGGGGCCUGCUGUGGGAAGGCCCAGGCCUGUGAAGGCCCCUGUGGACCGACAAUGGAGCCUCUCUACCACAUCUUGGUUCUCUGUGUGGGUUUUCUCACCAAGGCCAGCGCAGAAGCUCCACAGGAACACGACCCAUUCACCUAUGACUAUCAGACCCUGCGGAUCGGAGGACUCAUCAUCGCCGGGAUCCUUUUCAUCCUGGGUAUCCUCAUCGUCCUGAGCAGAAGGUGCCGGUGCAAAUUCAACCAGCAGCAGAGAACUGGGGAACCUGAUGAAGAGGAGGGAACUUUCCGCAGCUCUAUCCGCCGUCUGUCCACACGCAGGCGGUAGAGACACCUGGCACGAUGGAACCCAGCCAGGAUUCCCCUGGCUCCUGAUGCCGCCCACCCACCACCUGUGCGCCCACCGCCCCCUGGACUGCCCUCUUCCCCAGCCCUGCUCCCACAGACUCCUCUCUGCCGCCCAGACUUCAAUAAAACGUGCUUUUCUCUCUUGA